CAGCGCAGCUCACUGCAGUGUUUUUGCGCAUCUUGCACGCACUUUCGGAUGGAGGAUGGCAUUCACUGCAUUGCCCAAAUCUUCAUUUCGACAAAAUAAACAGGAAAAAACACUUUGAUAUAGGUCUAAAUAAAACAAGUAGCCUAACUUAAUUUGCUUUUACCAAUGCUCAGAGAGAACUUGAGGAUCCAAUUUUAUUCGGACUAUAGCUCAUAAUAAAACGCGUUAAUUUAGGCUAUCACUGUCGGGAAAGUAGAUCGCAGCAUCAUUAUCAGUCUGCAAGCUGCGACCUCCGCAUCCCCAGGCAAACCAAGGCUGACCUGGUUUUCUGCACUGGCGUCUCGCUUCAUCAUUGUAUUAGAGCAUCAUCUCCCUCCUGAGUGAUGUCGGACUGUAGGCGACAGUGGAACCGGGAGGAUGAGCUCCCUGUGUACCUGGCUAAACCCAUCUCGACCGGACCCAACCAGCGUCACAAGUCUCACGGAAUGUUUAGCUCCGUCGAGGGCGCGUAUGAUAGCAAGACUAUUGAUUUUGACCAGUACGCCGUAGGGAGGAAGGGCAACAGGAGCUCACGGAGCAGUAGCAGGGAACGCAUCGUGGAUGGGGACUUUGAAGCUUAUGAGAUCAGCGGGGGGACCAUCAGCUCUCCGGGUGAGAGGGACGACGGGCGUCCGGGUGUCGAAAUCACGGAUCAGACUGAAAAGGAAUGUCGUUAUGAGCAAAACAACGGGAAGAGCGAGCGGCUGCUGAUUAAAGGUGGAAGAGUGGUCAAUGAUGAUCAGUCGCUAUAUGCUGAGGUUUAUGUUGAAGAUGGAAUUAUUAAACAGGUUGGGGAGAACCUGAUUGUGCCGGGGGGCGUGAAGGUGAUUGAGGCUAAUGGGUGUAUGGUGAUUCCUGGAGGUAUUGAUGUGAACACCUGCCUGCAUAAGUCUUACUUGGGCACUCCACCUGUGGAUGACUUCUACCAGGGCACCAAAGCUGCUCUGGCAGGAGGAACCACCAUGAUCAUUGACCAUGUGACUCCACAGCCUGGUUACAGUCUUUUGGAGGCCUUUGAGAAGUGGCAGGAAGCGGCUGAUAAAAAGUCCUGCUGUGAUUAUUCACUUCAUGUGGAUAUCCCUCAUUGGCAUGAAGGUGUGAAGGAGGAGCUGGAACAGCUGGUACAGGAAAAAGGAAUCAACUCUUUCCAAGUGUACAUGGCUUACAAAGGGUUAUUUCAAAUGCCUGACUCUCAGUUGUAUGAAGCAUUCUCAUUCCUUAAGGAGCUGGGAGCAGUGGUGCUGGUGCACGCAGAGAAUGGAGACCUAAUAGCACAGGAACAAAGCAAAAUCUUGGGAAUGGGCAUCACUGGUCCGGAGGGCCACCCACUGAGCCGCCCAGAGGAGCUGGAGGCGGAGGCUGUUUUCCGCGCUAUCACCCUUGGCAACCGAGUCAACUGCCCUGUCUACAUCACCAAAGUGAUGAGUAAAAGUGCAGCUGAUACUGUGACCAAUGCACGGAAGAAAGGCUCAGUUGUUUUUGGUGAGCCAAUCACAGCCAGCUUAGCAACAGAUGGAUCUCACUAUUGGAGCAAAAACUGGGCGAAAGCAGCAGCCUAUGUGACCUCUCCACCCCUCAGCCCUGACCCGACAACACCUGACCACCUUCACUCUCUGCUGGCCUGUGGGGAUCUGCAGGUCGUGGGUAGUGGACAUUGUGCUUACAGCACCUCUCAAAAGGCCAUAGGGAAGGACAACUUUACCCUUAUACCCGAGGGAACCAAUGGGGUGGAGGAGAGAAUGGGUUUUGUUUGGGACAAAGCUGUGGCUAUGGGGAAGAUGGAUGAAAACCAGUUUGUUGCAGUUACAAGCACUAAUGCAGCCAAAAUCUUCAACCUGUACCCCCGUAAGGGUCGGAUAGCAGUGGGUUCAGAUGCUGACAUUGUUAUCUGGGACCCAGACAAGAUAAAGACCAUCACAACUAAAGCACAGCAGUCGGCUCUGGAGUACAAUAUUUUUGAGGGGAUGGAGUGUCGUGGUGGUCCAGUGUAUGUGGUCAGUCAGGGUAGGAUUGUGUUUGAGGAAGGAAAGCUUCAGGUUCAGCAGGGAACUGGACGUUUCAUCUCACAUAAACCCUUCCCUGACAUUGCCUACCAGCGCAUUAAGUACCGCAACAAGGUGAUGAGCAAGCAGGGAGUUUCUCGUGGGAUGUAUGAUGGUCCAGUAUAUGAUAUCCCAGCCACACCCAAAUAUAUAACCCCAGCACCCUCUGCCAAGACCUCACCCAAUACACACCAGCCUCCACCAAUCAGAAACUUGCAUCAGUCUAACUUCAGCCUAUCAGGGGCUCAAAUAGAUGACAACAUUCCUCGGCGCUCUGGCCACCGCAUUGUAGCACCACCUGGUGGUCGUUCCAACAUCACCAGCCUUGGUUGAGCCCUUCUGCAGCUCCCAUGUGACUUUGAGAGAGCGUGUGUGUAUGUAUGUGUCUCUCUGUGUGAGUAUUAAUACAGUUCUAUCUGUUGACAAAUAAUCAGUAUUCUCCUCUCACAGGGCCAUGCUAUAAAAGAUUUCUGUGCAAUGCAUGCAUGUCAAAAUAUCACUGUACCUUACCUGUGCAGUAAAUAUCCCAUCUACAAUCAAUAUUACUGUGUGCACUGUACACAAUAGUCUCUCUGCUAAGACAUACCUAGACAAAUACUUAUAGAUAGCUAGACAAUCACUAGAAAAUACUUUAUAUUCGUAACAAAUUUCAGAAGAAAAUGCUAAUAUAACUACUCACAUUAUUAAAGUUAUGAGUUAUUAAAACCCUCGUUCUGCUGAUGUGACCCCAGUGUUUGUGAAAAUGUCCUGCUUAAAGCCCUGUGAAGCCGGUAACUAUAGUCAUCCUACAAAAUGGUGCUCUUCCUACUGGACAACUUACAGAACUAAAGAUGACUAGAUAAAAGUGCUAGAAUGCAGGUCUGAGAUCAGUUUUGGCAGAGAUGUAUCACUAAUAAGUACAUUCUGAAGCUGAGUGACGAUCUGCUCUUACAAGCACUUUUAACUUUCAUGUUCUCUGUGCACUGAAAUGUUUUUAAUUCUGUGUUAUCAGUCUAUUUGUCGUAAAGAAUGGUGAUGAUUGCAUGAUCUCACUUUUAGAUGUUGGUAUUAUUGACAUCAGACCUUUUGAUUUUUACACUCUUUAUACUUUGAAGGAUAAUUUUAUCAGUUAUCUUAUCAAAUUUGAAUUGUUUUACAAGAAAAAUUUGUGCUAUAUCACUUUUUAUUUGAAUUUUACUUGUAGUGAAAAAUGCUGCAUGCCAUAUUAGCUCCUCUAAGCUCUUGGUUGUGUAGAUUUUGCUUAUUGCAAAAUUAGAUGUUGACUAGAGAAGGUAUUCACAUUACCUCAUAUCACAAAUGCAAAAUCAAAGAAUGCAACUAUAUGCAACCUGCAAGAUUAUUUUUAUCUGCAGAUCUCUCAUCUGCGAUGCAAAUGAUCACAUGAAGAGCAAGUCACACAUGCAUUCAAAAAGAGCUGAAAAUGCUUUCAUUUCAUCUGCCUGUUUUUUCUUCUAUUGGGAGAUUUCUACAGUAUUGCUCCACAUCCAAGUGGCUGUAGACUAGUCACUGUGUACGCUCAAAGUCUUAAUACCGAACUUCCACUGAAUAAAUGGUGAUCACUCUAGUUUUGGACCAAUACAAGGCCAGUGCCAAGCCUGCUGUAUUGUUUUCCAUACCCCAUUGUGAUUUUGUAUUGCCUAUGGUAUAUAUAGUGUUUUGUUUUUGUUUUUUUAUUACUUUUUGUUGGCUGAUAUCCACUAUAUGCACUUCUUUGACUGUUGAUAAUGAUAUCCACUUUGCUAUGGUGAAAUAAAGUUCAUAAAUAAAUGUUGUUGAAGCUUC